GCGACUUUGUUUGAACUCAAUGUCAUUAAGCAUGAUUGCAACAAAUGGAUGUCACAGAAAGUUGCAUCGUAUCGUACUCAGUUCAUGUGUCAUAGAAAGUUCAAAGGUAUAUUAGUUUUCUUAUUCUAUAAGUAACAUCGAGAAAUGCAUAUUGAAAGCUUUACGCUCAAGUUUAACAUGGAUGAAUCUAUCUCUUUGACCGUCCGUCCGUCCGUUCUGAGAUUUGCAACAAACACUUGUAGUUUUAGAAUAAAUUUGGCCAGGGCCAAAAACUACUCAGGUAUUCGAAAUUUUCAUAACAGCGUGUAAUCUACAACAAGUCUCCCUACGGAUGUUAGACAAAAUACUAGGUACUUGAGAUAUGCUGAAAGGGUGUUUUUGAUGUUUCCUAAAAUCGCUUGGUACUGACUUUGUUAAAAAUCGCAUACCACACGUUAUAUAUGUCUUUGCUUCGCAAACGGGACAAGAGCAAUGUUUUGCUUUAGUUAACGUCGGUGAGGGAGUGAUAAAGAGAAAGAGAAGAGGAGAGAUAAAAGGCGGAAGUUAGUGCAUUGGCUCAUAAGAUGGUAACAUUUAGAAGCGCUUGUCGUUGACAAUCGAUUUCAUUUAAUAUUUAUUGCUUAAUAAUGCUCGUCACGUAAAGAGUAUUAUGGCAGAAAAAAAAAUUGUCGGCCAACUAAUAUAUUGUCGUAAUGUGCUCAAUGAUAUUGCGCUUGUAAGUAUCGUAAGUAAAAAUUGACAUCAAGCGAUUGCUUCACGUAUUUUGGCUUAAUUUUUUCCCCCUUUAAAAUAACAUCUGCCGUGAUCUGCUUAUUCUUCUUAAUUUUAUUCUUGUUUUUUUUCUUAGCUUUCUUGUCAUUUUCUUUGUAAUAAGAAUCGUUGAGAUUGAUGUCAACUUUGAUGGCGUGAUGUCGGUCGGUAAAGUGUAAUUCAUUUGUUUGUGUGGAAAAUUUUAUUACCACAAAAGUUUCCUACUUUCCUACAUCAAGUAAAUGUCAGCUGCUAGCAAUAGUGCUUUGGACUUUCCAUUAGUGGUGACAGAAAGAUGAUAUUAUAUGUGCUUUUGUUGUAGGGGUUUAUAAAAUGUCCGUUUUGACAUUCAAGUGCAUUUUACUUCGUUGAACCAUGUGUCGGAUGUUCUUCGGAUAUUCUUCAUCUAAACUUGUAAGAUAUUUUCCAUUUAAACUUUUUUAUAGUAAAGCACACACUGACUGACUUGUUUCAACUAACAAGACGGCAAUAUUGUGGUGUGUCUUUUUUUUUUAAAGUUUCAAGGAUUAAGAAGCUUAAGACAAAAACUUAACACGGUUAACAGAAAACAACUACUACACCCAUCGCCAACUCGUUGAAACAUCUUAGCUCCCCGAUUGUCCUUAAAUAAACUGGCGUUCAACUUUGAUAUGGUAUCAUUUAAAGGUCCAUUAAACCAGCUAUGACAUCUUCCGCGAACGCGUUAAAUUCUUUCUUUUUUUUUUGUUUUUAACUCCGUCCUUUGAUCUAAGGUUCUUCUCACGAAUUUAAAUUUUGAGAAAAUGGAGAUCAACAAAGGAUUUUGUAACGUGUUGAUUAGACAACAUUUACCGAGGUUUUGAUCACAAGCGAGAAUUUAUCAGUAGACGAGUCCAUAAUAAAUCAAAAUUUAAGAGUUCUUUCAUUUCUUUUUCACUUCUACGCGAUUUUUACUUCUUCUUUCACUCCAAUCAUUUCUUCCCGAAGGUUUUCGCUUUUUUUUCGCCAAAGGUGAAGCAACAUUGCAACAGCAUUGAACCAGCGUACUCACCAGACACAGCGCUCUCUGAUUACCACUUGUUCAGAUCGAGGCAACAUGGGCUGCCAAGCAAGCGGUUUCGCAAUUUUAAAGAAAUGCGAAAAUGAUUCGAUGAUUGGAGUGCUGGGUAAACCAACUAUGAUCGCCACGUGGCCAAAAAGAAGGAAAAAAGUUGUACAAAAUGCUGGAAAAUAUUUGGAUUGACAUAUAUUGAGCCCAUUUUUCUCAAUAAAUGACAUUUUCAAGUGAAAACCAUGAUUAGAAUACAUGCAAGCAUCUAUUAAUUACAAAUUUAAUUACUUUUGCUGGCACCAUAGUAAAGAAGAAUUUUCCUCUUUUGACUAAUUCUGAUACUUUUUUGACACCAGUGGAUUUAACUUAUUUUUUGUUUUAAAUUUUUGCGCGAAAGAAUGUUUUAUGUAAUAAUAAUAAAUCCUUUCAACUAAAUUUAUUUAACCUUUAAAAUAACUAAGAUUUCGAAUAAACGAAGGCACGUGGACUCUCUCUCUCUCUCUCUCGCGUAUAUUCAUUCCCCAGUUAAGCUUGAUUAUUUAUUACACAAAAUUUUUAUGACAAAUGCACCUGCUUACCAGAAAAAUUUACGGAAACGAGAAAAUAAGAAUAAAGGAUGCCUUUUAGCAACAUCUUUCUACUCCAAAGAUAAUGUCGAACAUUUACGACUUUAGGCUGUUUCGGCUUUUACUUGGCAGAUAUAUUCUUCAUAAAGCGUUACUUUUUGUUUGUUUGUUUGUCGGUCUAUUAAUGUAAGUUUUACUUGCAUUGAAAUUAGGUGGAAAGUAUUCGCGACUUGCCCCAAAAUGCUAUAGUUGCAGACGGCUUUGUUCAUAAAAAAAAAGAAAAAAAAGAUACAAAAAAAAAAAAAGAACUAAAACUAUACUCCAACUAUUCCGCGCCUAUUUAUGCUUCAAGCAGAUCGUGGAAACUCUUAUCUUUGCCUUCGUAUGUCUUCACAAAUAUCUUGGACAAAACACUUUUAAUUUCCCGAUUAACCAAACAAUCAAAUUUCAUGAAUGUGUAUUUGUAAAUCAAUGGCAGCCAACAACUGUUAGCUGAUAAUUAAAUUCCAUUGCGACUCGGGAACGGAGAACAGAACGGCUGCCGACCCAUUGAAUAGAAUAAUAUUCGAUUAACUGUGACAGAGCACGGUAAUCUAGUGUGCAAAUAUUUUCAAAUAUGAUGGCUUUUCUGUCAAAUAAUUAUAUAACUAAUAGCAAUAAUACAUGUACACGGAAGCAUAUGUGCAUUAAUGCUGUCAUUAUAUUAGCCAUAUUUUUGAUGAAUCAUAAUCGUCAUAACGCUUAUGCGGCCAGUUUAAAAAUGCUUGAUAUGCGUAACCAGAAUGAUGCUCCUAUCAAUCAGACGCAGCAGCAGCAACAAGAGAGGAUUGAUAAGUUAAAAUUGCCGAAAGACCAUACGCUUGUCGUUCGCUUGCCCUCGAAUAUAUUACUCAAGUAUAUCACUUACAAGGAUGUUUCCAUAUUACAUUUCUUUGUGCCGGAGAAUACGCGUCAAGCUAUAUUUACAUUUAAAGCCGUUGAAGAACCAAAAAGUGCCUUCCUGGGAGCAUGUUCACCUCGUGAUGUUACGUUACAUUUAAAGGCCAAAAGUUAUCCUGUGAUAAGUCCUCAAAAUAUAUCAUUUCCUAGAAAUUUUCUAAAUCCCAAUCAAAGGUUUAAAAUAUACAGCUUGCAAUUUAAAUCUAACGAAGUCCAGCAGCGUAUUAUCGUUGAUGGUCCACAAGUAGGAAAUUGGUUUGCUGUGGCUUUUGUUAGCUAUUCAGAUCCACUCCAAGAACGCAUAGAACAACAAGGUUUGGGACCGUCGUGUGAUACUGAAUUGAUGGCCGAAAUGUCUGUGUCACGUUUCGUACCGAUUAUCAUAAAUAAUGGUCAAGUGCAUAAUGGUACACUAAUGCGGUAUAAACCUCAGGAAACGAUAAGCUAUACGAAUUGCGGCGCUGAUGACGGCGACGACAAUCGAGCACCAAACGUAAAAUUCAAAAGCAAACCAAUUACGACUAGGUCAAUAGUGAUUCACGAGCAAUACGAAGAACGUAUGCAACCGACACCUAAUGAUGAUAUAAAGGCAGAAAUAAUAGACACACAAUCGUUUGUAAAAAAACAUGUUCUGAACGCACCAUUAAUGCAAAGAGAAACAUUGCCAUCUACACCGUCCAUUGUUGCUGCUGCUGCAUCAUCAUUAUCAUCAUCAAUAUGCAAUGAACCGAAUUGCAAUAGUUCUGCAAUGCAACUCACAAAUAAUGAAAUUAUUUAUAAAUUUUAUGUACCCGAAAAUAUUGGUGUCGCUAAAGCACGCAUUACAUUUUUGCUAGCUUGCCUGCAAUGUCCCGAUGUUGCUUUUCAUAUACAAGCGAACGCUUUCCCAUACAGUACAACGCAAGAGAAAAAGCACGAAAGCACUUACAAACACAACACGAUAAUUAAAACAAAUCAAACAGGAGAAAUCUCAAUACAAUUUUAUGUGCAACCCAAGACUUGGCAUUACGCUGUCUUGCAUUUCGUUAAGCCGCUCAUGAUGAAAGAAGUGUUUGCGCGGCUUGUUGAAAACGAUCUAUAUAAUCGUGAAGGUAAACAGCAACAACCGAAAUUCGAAAAUAGAAUGGGUGAAGCUCGUGAGUUACCGUAUAGUUUACAAAUUGACCUCUGCGAAUCUGAUCAUAAGGAUUCCGCUACAAAAUCACGGUCACGUACUAAUGAAUCGGAAGGCAGAUCAAAUCCUUGGAAACCUUCACGAUAUCGCGACAUGGAAUUCUAUCCUUUAUUUAGGCAAAAUUAUCGGGAGUUUUUCAUGUUCGAUUAUGAGUUGGUACCUGAUGAGAACGGUACUGUGCCAGAAUUAUUAAAUUUAACGGCCGGUAUCCCGGCUGGUUUUACUUUCCCUCUAGGAGAAGUUUAUGAUGUGGGAGGAACUUUGUCCUUUGCUUUAUCGAUGAAACAGAAUUCCGAGGAGAAAACCGAUAUCUCAGAUUUUUCCCAUCCUGCGAAGCCUAGUAUGGAACGUUAUGGAAUUUUGGCUGAAAAACUAAUCGCCGAACCACAAUCAACAGCUAAAAAAUCCGGUGACAAUAAGUCUUUGCCGCGCAGUAAUCAAACUAUAAUAGUUUGCAUGCAUUUGGCCGAGCCCGGUGAGCCCACUUGGCCCGAUAAAUGUCGUUACGGUAGCCGAUUAUUGCCAGCUUCGAGUAUCGUUAAUAAUACGGACGCUACAACUAGUAGUGGUCUUAUACAUGUACCAUUUCCCGAGAGCGGACAGUGGUAUGUGACGAUGGGCCUUUAUUGUCACGGAGCUGAGACAGCGUCUGGUUUUACAAUCAUAGAUAGUGUUAAGGAUUUUGUUAAGCGUUAUUCGCAAAUGUUAAAUAACAUAAAAGCUUCAUGUGCUUGUACUCCGAAAUUAUCCUUCUAUCGGCAAUGUAUAGGCGACAAUGCAUGCCUGACGGCCCUGAACGAAACUGAAACAUUAAAAAUUAAAGAAUGUCUUAUGGACUCCAAAUGCACUACCAAUCACCUGGAGAUGACACGGAAAUUUGAAGUGCAUCACAGAUUCGCGACCGAGCAGCAUUUCGCUUUGGACAACUGCAGUACCUCCGUAAUAUUUACAAUCUCUUCGAAUCCUUGCGUGGCGGGAAGAUGCGGACGUUAUGGCCGCUGUUUUCAUUAUAUGUCCGGUGGUUUCGUUUUCUCUACGUGCGUUUGCUUUAGAGGUUACCGCGGCUGGGAUUGCACUGACGAAAGUCAAGUGCCUUCAAGAUUUUCGCUAUUGCUUGCUACACUUGUUCUAACCAUAAGUAAUUUGCUGUUCAUUCCAAGUGUGUAUGUGGCUUAUAGAAGAAAGUACUAUACAGAAGCGAUUAUAUAUUUUGCUGCUAUGUUUUUUUCAACUUUCUAUCAUGCUUGCGAUUCGGGAGAGGAUGAGCAUAGUUUUUGUUUGGUUAAAAUUGGAGUUUUACAAUUUUGCGAUUUUUAUUGCGGCCUAUUAGCAAUUUGGGUAACCCUGGUCGCUAUGUCGCAACUGAGGCAAGAAAUUGUAUCAAUAUUACAUAUGCUUGGAGCGAUUUUACUUGCGUUUGGCACCGAAUUAGAUAAACAAAAUUUAUGGACAUUUUUAAUACCCUUUUUAACGGGCAUAUGCAUAAUAUCCCUUACUUGGGGUAUGCGUUGUUAUAAAACACGUCAAUGUUAUCCAGGACGUCAAUAUGUAACGUUUUACUUACCUGCCGGUGCGACAUUAGCACUUGUUGGUCUGAUUUGUUAUGCUUUUCUACAAACUAAACAAAAUUAUUAUAUCGUCCACUCCAUAUGGCAUAUGGUAAUGGCUCUAUGCAUUUUAUUUUUGCUACCAUCCGCGAAAUCAUUUAUACCAAAAUCGUAGCACUCGCCUUAUACGCGCGAAUUCCUGCUUACCGAGCAAGAGUUCUAUAUGUGAAUUUAAAUUUAGAGAAAAGCGUUAACUAAGAGCGAUACCAUCUAAGGUAUCCAUCAUCUCAACUAUAUAUAGUGAAAAGGGGAAUAGACGAGGCAACGUAAAGCACAAUUUGAAAAGUUAUGGCACCGCCUGCACAAAAACAAAAUAAAAACAAAAAAAAAAAAAAAGAAACAAGAAGAAGAAACACACAAAGAAAUGGAAACUUUGAGAACAAACAACUAAAACAAUUCUAUACAGGUUUAAGGUUAAGGUAGUACAGAUUUUUCUUAAUUUCUUUUCUUUCAUUUUUUUUUCCUUUUGAUUUUCGUUUUCUUUCCUAAACUUAAGAUCAUACAAAGCACAGAUGCAAACUUACAUUUCAAUGCAUUCCUAUAAAUAUAUACAUUUAGAGUAAUUACAAAUAUAUACGUAAUAUAUAAAUAGAUAUAUAAUUGAUCAGCUACUACAGCAAAAAGGUAAGGAGGGACCUCCCUUUAAGGUUCUUAACAAAACUCAGAGUCCACAAUUAGGCUAAGAAAGAGAAACUAUAUCCAUAUAUGAAAGAAAUAUAUUAUAAACACUACAACAACUAGAACUGCAAUUGUACAGAUCAAAAAUUAAAGUUAUUGUACAUAACGCUAUAAAUGUAAAUGUAACUCUUAGACAUCAAUGUAUUUUGAUAUAAAGGAAUUGUAAUUACUUGUAAACAUAAUCAUAUAAGAAAAAACAAAACUCUUUAUAUGUAUAUAUAUUUAGUGUUGUCUGCUAGUAAUUUUUUAUCCUAUUCUUAUAUUAUGUAUUGCUAAGUUUGUCGAGAUGCUUGUAACAUCCAGAAAAGCUAGAGAUAUAAUUUAAAAAAAUUUUCUGUCCAUCCCACUGUCCAUCUGUACAUGUGUCUGUCUAUGUCAUCAAAUAUUCCAGGCUUCAGCUGGCAAUUCACAAUUUUCGACAUAUUUUGCCAACUUUACUACACGGAUUGUAUUAGCCCCCAGGACGACUGUAACGUUUGACUUUGCUUUGUUGUUAAUUCUUAUAGCCACCACUAAGAGUACAUGAAAGCACCGAGCCGGAGACGCCAUGGGCAAAGGAAUCGCAUUUGUCGUGUCUUUUAGACUCACAACCACUCGCAUGAAUUAAAUACGUCGAUCAGCCAAAACUGCUUAGGAAAUUUUCCUCAAACAACCCAAAAAACUUUAGAUAGAAAUAAAAUGGUUUUAUAGCAUAAGUCUGGUCUCCGUAAUCGCUUAUAUACCAUCCUUAUAGAAUGCAUGAUCGAUGUAUGGAGCUUCUCUCUGUCAAUCAAAUAAUAUGUAUAAGUGGGUGGUGAUCAUAAAUUAGUAAAGAAUGUAUAUUCGUUCUAAGAUGAGCUUUUCUUAGCCAUGCCCUUACAAAGUCGUACUUUCUAAUUGAUAUAUAUUUUAUUAAAUGUUGCCAUGUUAGCCGAUCACUUAGAAAGCAAAUUUUAGACGGCCCAAACAAAUAUUUGGACCAAGUGUAAGUACUGAUGGAUUGUGAGAUGUAGAGUUUCGUCUCUUGCGGAGUGAAUUCUACAAGAGUAGAUCAAAAUAACCCGGUGUUUGUGUAGAGGUCAACCUUGGCCGCUACGCUUGGAGACGUAAUACUUAACAAGCUACCUGUUUAACAAAUGGAAAAUAUAGUGUGAAAAUGUAAGAGAAAUGUAAGAUGAGCGCAAUUAAUCACUUCAAGAGGAGCGUAGGGCUAAAUUAUAGCUUUUGAGCUAUUCCAGAUGUUGUUGCAGAUCGCCGAGUUUAUUUAUUUGAGGCUUCUAUCUUAAUUUUAGAGCAUUGUCCCUUCCUGAAGUACAGGAAGGACAGACAUAAGGAAACAUGGACGAGCAGAAAUCAUUAAAUCGACCCAAUACUUUAGAAAGGUCAGGAAAAGUGUACAUAUACUUUAUGGUGUCUAUAAUGCAGGGAGAGGAAAGAAAAAACGUGUUAGUGUACUGCCACCCCAUUGAUGCUAGCCUUCGUUGCACUUUCCCCAUAUUUAAGCUUACCUUACUUUAAAAAUCAUAUAAGUUUUUCCUUUUUUAAAAAAAAGGGGAUUACAGUGUGCUUAAGCAGAGAUUGAUUGCAGUGAUUUCGGACAUUCAGUUGAAAUCAAGUAAGAUGAUUGCAUAAAUAUCAUUAAAUUUAAAAUUAAAUUAACAAAAAAUCGUAAUUCAGUGGAAGUAUGCUGAAAUGCAGUUAUCAGAGCAGGUAGAGAAAGUUUACCUUUUUUUUUCUUUUUUUUUUGGAAUAUGAUUGAUAAUAGAGGACAACUUAUUCACUGCAUUAAGACGAAAAAAUGUAGCCCUUAACAAACAAACGAACACGGAAGCAAAAUAAUUGGUACAAAGAAUUGCAUAUGGAACGUACGUCAUUUAAAUGAAAUUGUACAUACAACCGGAAGCAUAAGUUACUUGUCCCUUAAAUAAUCAACAUUUCCUUUUCUUUUUCUACUCUUCAAUUUUUUAGUUUUUCAUACACAUUUAACACAUGUUUGUACGUAAACAAAAAGCUAAAUGUUUCUGGGUCAAGAUUACUACUUGCUUAACAAUUUGAAUGCCACUAAUGUUAAGAGAAAUUGUUUGAUUAAAUCAAUAAAAAAUCAAUUUCAGGUUAAAGGCAUUAUAAGAAGCUUUCUUAUAGUGCGUACAUACAUUUUAUUUUUUUUUAUAAAAAAAAAAAAAUUAAAUAUUUUGUUUACAC